CUUUAUGAUAAUCAAAUUUUCAAAGUGAAAGAAACACCUGCUUCAAAGUCUAUUUUGUUCACGUUCAUAGUCAGUUAUAUAUUAUUGACGAGUGAUUACUUGUAUUUCGUGUGACCUUCAAAGAUUGGGACGGAUAAAUGGACUAUACACUGAACAUAAAUACGAUGCAGAUUUAAAACAACUGUUGUCAACAUUGCAGCCAGAAGUUCUAUUAUGGCAGUUGAUUAUGAAGGUUACCUGAAAAAUGUUGGACACUUCGGUUGGACACAGUUAAGAAUAUGGUUCCUUGUAAGUCUUGCAGAGAUCCCUGCAUCAUGGGCUAUUAUGAUAAUGGUGUUUAUUGCUGCCAAACCAAACUGGACUUGUAUGGAUAAUAUCAACCCUGACUCUGACUCAGAUCUGACAUACAGUGCUGCUAACACAAGUUCAGCCUUAAUAUUAUCAUCAUCAUCAGCACAAAAUGUUUCAUUUGGGAAAAUAUCUUCCUGUUCUACUGCUAAGCAGUGUAUGAAUCUCACCUAUGAAAGUGACAAAUCAUCCAUUGUGACUGAGUGGGACCUGAUAUGUGAGAAGAACUACGUUGGAGCCUUGAUCACAACUAUCCAGAUGGGUGGUAUGUUAGUAGGGGCCUGCAUAGUUGGGCAGCUAGCUGAUGUAUGGGGCCGCAAGAAGACUUUUUACACUGUAUAUACACUGAUGAUUCUAUUGGGAUUCUGCAGUGCUUUUGCUAAUACAUGGCAGUUAUUUGCAGUUAUCCGAUUCUUCAUAGGGGCUUGUCUAGCAGGGCUACUUGUUGUGAACUUUGUCUUACCCAUGGAGUUUGUUGGCCCACGCUGGAGGGUGUUGUUUGCCAUGCAGUUCUGGUGUGUGGGCAUCAUGCUUCUACCCCUCCCUGCAUACUUUAUCUCUAAUUGGAGACAUCUUUGUAUGGCUACCUCCCUCCCAGGUCUUCUGCUUCUUGCUACAUGGUGGUUAGUUCCCGAGAGUCCUCGCUGGCUGGCAAUGCAGGGGAGAGUAGAGGAGGCAGGACAUGUCCUACAGUGGCUUGCUGACUCUAACAAUGUCAAGACAUUCACUGUUGAUUAUGACAUCCUCAAACAAGUAGCAAAGGUGGAGCGUGACAAAGUAUCAACAGUAAGAGCUUACAGUUACUGGGAUUUAUGCCGCACCCCUACUCUGGCUAAAGUCACUGCCAUACUUGGCUAUGCCUGGUUUGUGAAUAGCGCUGUCUACUAUGGCUUGUCCCUCAAUGUGAAACAUUUAUCUGGGAACAAAUAUCUCAAUAUUUUCAUCUCUGGUGUUGUGGAAAUCCCAGCUCUGCUUGCUGUCUAUUUUAUAGAUGCUUUUGGAGGCGGUAGAAGAAUCUCAAUGUUUAGCUUCAUGAUGUUUUCCGGAGUGGCCUCUCUCUGUAUACAGUUCAUCAAUAUGGCAGGUAAAUAUGAAGAGCUUGAAGAUGUGGUGACUGUGCUAGCCAUGCUGGGCAAGUUUGGUGUCUCAGGGUCUUGGUCACUGGCUUAUAUUUAUGCAGCCGAAGCAUAUCCCACCAAUGCCAGAAAUCUUGGAAUAGGAGCUAACUCAAUGAUGGGUAGAGUUGGAGGCAUGCUGGCCCCACAAUUGGUCUUUCUGGAUAGUAUCACAAAGUCACUCCCAUUUGUUAUAUUUGGAGUGUUGGGGAUCAGCAGUGCUCUGCUUUUACUUCUCCUCCCAGAGACAGCCAGGAAGCCCCUCCCUGAUGCCAUGCCCUCCUGGAGCUGGUGUAAAACACAAACUCCAGGAACUGUGGAAAGGAAUGAACUAGAUCAGUUAAAUUCAGACUGUGGGGUACAGACUCAUAAACUUCAGAUUGACAAUCAGGAUGAUAUAAAUCCAGAACAGGUGUUGGUGAAUGGAAAUGCCAUACUUUGAUGUCAGUCAAUUUAGGGAAUUUUUAAUCAUUAAAUAUUUAUUUAUAAUUACUGCAUUCAAUUGUGGUAUACAUGUAAAACAUGUUGUUGUGUACAUGUACAGGGUCAACCAAAAAGUGCAACCUUCUUAUUUUAGAAUAAUUUCAGGAAUCUUUUUUUUUCUAUCAAAUUGGCAAGUAAUUCAUCAUUUUGGCAAGGUUAUUUAAAAAAUGUCUAAAUUCGACAUAUCAUUGAUAAUAUAUAUAAGAAAUAUAUAUAAGUAAUCAAUUAAUAAUUGAAUAAUGGUAAAGAGAAAUCACCAGGAAGAUAUCUCUCAAUCCUUAAGCAAGUUAAGUUGUUGAGCAAUUUAUGCACACAAACUGGUCCAUUGGAUACUCCGAAGAAGAGAAUUAAAGAUUACACCAUAAUUGAAAGAACUAUAUCAAAAUUAAUGGGUUGCAUUUUUGGGGUAACCCUGUAGAUGCCUGCCAUAUUCUCAUAUCAACAAGAUAUUAGAUAUCUGGAUAUAGUUAUUUCAGUGGUGCCUUAGUAAAUGAUGGAAAAUGAAGUAUUAAAAUGUAAAGAAUCUAGGAGGGUAGUGGGGGAAUAUGUAUGUUAUUAUGACAUAUAUAUAUUCAAAGGAUCAAUGUUUUCUAGUGAUAUGCUAUUUAUUUCUUGGUUUUAUGAUGACCAAACAAUAAUGAUUUAUGUUAUGGAAAACUUCUGACUUUUAUGCUGCAUUUUUUCGUUUUUCUAAAAUAUAUAUAUACAUACAGGUAUAUAAUUACUUCACUUUUUUCUCAAAUCUCUAAUGCACAUAACAAGGGUCCAAAGCUUUAUUUUAAUAUAGAAAGAUAAUGUUUGUAAUGGUUACAUAUUUAACUUUAGGGAUACAUGGCCAAAUGAGUGAUGACAUGUUAUUAAGAUAAAUAUCAACGUUUAUUUGAUAAAACUAUUUAUUUAUAAUAUUAGUGAGGAAAUGUACAAAUUGGGGGAAUACUUAGUCAAUAUUUGUCAAUGAGGUUGUUGUGUGUAAUUCUGUUAAUUCAGCCAAUUUAUAGCGUCAUGAAAUUACAUAUACAAGUUUGAGGGCAACAUUUGCGGUUGUGAUAUCUUGGAGAUAAGUUGACCAAUUAAAAUACUUGAUGUGUCACAUCCAGAGUUGCCUCUGUCAUGGUGACGUUACUAUAUCAAAUCAACAGUUGCUAGGGAAAACAAACAUUGGUAAAUAAUCCCCAAUAAAAUCCUCAUUAAUUUUACAUAUGUGCAUAAUACAAUUUACGAAUAUACUCUCAGUUGCUCAAAAUAUGUACUUUUGAUGUAUUUCAUUUUGAUAGUCAUAUUUGCCAAUAUAUGUGAUGUCUACAUGUGGUGUUAUUUUUUGUUGUAUUUAAAAUAUUUUACAAAUUGUAUUUUUCACAGAUCUGACCUCUCCAAGGCUGCAUGAACAUAAAGUUGUCAAAGUAUUGCAUGCUUUGAUAAUGUAACAAAUAAAACAGUGAAAUAAUUUGAUUGUGAGAAUUCUCUAUAAGUAGUAAUGUUAUUUUAUUUGUUACUACUAGUAUCUCAGUAUUGAAGAUGCUGUCCAUGUAAAUGUGAUGGAUAAAUGAAAGACCUUUAACCUGAAUAUCUUUUUACAAUCAGAGUAAACAACCAAUG